AUGGUUGCUGAGUAAAUCAAUAGAGAAUAUGCAAUGACAAAUGAAACUCUUUAGAUUAAAAAAAGCUUUUCUGUAAAUAUAAAUGGUCUCAUAACAACAUAAUUUAUUUAGAAUGGAUUUGGUACUGGCUUAUAAAAUAGGAAAAAUAAUGCAUUGGAUAAAUUGCCUGUAAAUAUCAUGACAGCUGAUCAAAAUAUGAUUUUAAAUCCAAUUGUACCGUUACCCACUUAGAAACGAAUGCCAAACUUUGACAGAUUAGGGGGUCAGCCUUUCGCACAUCAUACUUCAAAUCCUGAUAAUUAUUUUGGAAAUGAUAUAGACGACUAGAUGGGAAAUCAGCACAUGAGCUAUGUUUAAAGAAGAAAUAAAAGCCAAUUCUAAUAACAUAAUGCCAAUUCUAGAGAUCAAGAUUACGGUUCUUCUAAUGAUCCAGACAUUUGGGAGCCCCCAACUCCUCCUAAAUAUGGAGUGCCUUAACCAAGAGGCAUAAUGGGAGGAGGAAUGGGUAUGGGAAUGGGAGGAAUGCCCCCAGGUAUACCAUAAAGUAAUUGGGGUCAAUAGCCAAGAAGAUAGCCUUAACCAUAAUAAAGAAAACCACCUAUCAAUAGCGUUACUAGACCUCCUCAAGGACCAUAAGGAGGGGCCGUCGCUGGAGUUAAAAACAAGCAAAACUUACUUGAUAAAAAUAGAAACUAUACAAAGCCUUGGCUUUCAGGGGCUUAAAGUGGUGAAAAUUAGAAGGAUGUAAAACCUGAUCAAAAUUCUUUUCUCUAUACAAUGUAUCCAGAUGGAAAUGGACCUGAUUCAGAACUUAUAUAAAUGCUAGAAAGAGAUGUUAUCGAUAAAAACCCAUAAGUAAGUUUUAAUGAUAUCGCUGAACUUGAUGAUGCUAAGAAGAUUCUUUAAGAAGCAGUUCUCUUACCAAUUCUGAUGCCCCAGUAUUUCAAAGGUAUUAGAAGACCUUGGAAAGGAGUACUUAUGUUUGGGCCUCCUGGUACUGGUAAAACUAUGCUUGCUAAAGCAGUUGCUACUUAAGGUAAAACUACUUUUUUCAAUAUUACAUCCUCAUCAAUAUCAUCUAAAUGGAAAGGUGAAUCAGAAAAACUAGUAAGAAUAUUAUUUGAAAUGGCAAGGUUUUAUGCACCUACAACAAUAUUUAUGGAUGAAAUUGAUGCUAUCGCAGGAGCAAGAGGAGGAAAUGAGCAUGAGGCAAAUAGAAGAGUAAAAGCAGAAUUAUUGAUUUAGAUGGAUGGAGUAGCUGUUGUAAGUAGUGCUGGAGCGAAUGAAAAUCAAGCUGAAGGUGAGCGAAUGAAAAAUGUUAUGGUUCUCGCAGCAACAAACAGACCUUGGGAUUUAGAUGAAGCAUUUAGGAGAAGACUUGAGAAAAGAAUAUAUAUUCCCUUACCAAAUGAAUUAGGAAGAAAGCAAUUAUUUGAGAUUAAUUUAAAAGGCAUUAAGAUGGCUGAAGAUACUAAUUUAGAUUAAUUAGUAAAGAAAACCAAAGGUUAUAGUGGUGCUGAUAUCUCUAAUGUAUGUAGAGAUGCUGCAAUGAUGCCAAUGAGGAAGAAAAUAUUGGAAGGAAAGUUGAGCUUUGAGCAGAUAGCUAGUUUAAAGCAUGAUGAGAUAGAUAUUCCAAUAACACAAUCAGAUUUCUUAGAUGCACUUAAAAAUAUUUCAAAGAGUGUUAGUAAAGAGAGUCUUGAUGAUUAUGCUAAGUGGAUGGCUGAAUUUGGAUGCGUUUGA